CAGGCAGGACACAUGCAGGCCAAAAAACGCUAUUUCAUUCUGCUCUCAGCUGGCUCUUGUCUCGCCCUUUUGUUUUAUUUUGGAGGUGUGCAGUUUAGGGCAUCGAGGAGCCACAGCCGGAGAGAAGAGCACAGUGGUCGGAAUGGCUUGCACCAGCCCAGUCCGGAUCAUUUCUGGCCCCGCUUCCCGGACGCUCUGCGCCCCUUCUUUCCUUGGGAUCAAUUGGAAAACGAGGAUUCUAGCGUGCACAUUUCCCCCCGGCAGAAGCGAGACGCCAACUCGAGCAUCUACAAAGGCAAGAAGUGCCGCAUGGAGUCCUGCUUCGAUUUCACCCUUUGCAAGAAAAACGGCUUCAAAGUCUACGUCUACCCACAGCAGAAAGGGGAGAAAAUCGCCGAAAGUUACCAAAACAUUCUAGCGGCCAUCGAGGGCUCCAGGUUCUACACCUCGGACCCCAGCCAGGCGUGCCUCUUUGUCCUGAGUCUGGAUACUUUAGACAGAGACCAGUUAUCACCUCAGUAUGUGCACAAUUUGAGAUCCAAAGUGCAGAGUCUCCACUUGUGGAACAAUGGUAGGAAUCAUUUAAUUUUUAAUUUAUAUUCUGGCACUUGGCCUGACUACACCGAGGACGUGGGGUUUGACAUGGGCCAGGCGAUGCUGGCCAAAGCCAGCAUCAGUACUGAAAACUUCCGACCCAACUUUGAUGUUUCUAUUCCCCUCUUUUCUAAGGAUCAUCCCAGGACAGGAGGGGAGAGGGGUUUUUUGAAAUUUAACACCAUCCCUCCUCUCAGGAAGUACAUGCUGGUAUUCAAGGGGAAGAGGUACCUGACAGGGAUAGGGUCAGACACCAGGAAUGCCUUAUAUCACGUCCAUAACGGGGAGGACGUCUUGCUCCUCACCACCUGCAAGCACGGCAAAGACUGGCAAAAGCACAAGGAUUCUCGCUGUGACAGAGACAACACGGAGUACGAGAAGUAUGAUUAUCGGGAAAUGCUGCACAAUGCCACUUUCUGUCUGGUUCCUCGUGGUCGCAGGCUUGGGUCCUUCAGAUUCCUGGAGGCUUUGCAGGCUGCCUGUGUCCCUGUGAUGCUCAGCAAUGGAUGGGAGUUGCCAUUCUCCGAAGUGAUUAAUUGGAACCAAGCUGCCGUCAUCGGUGAUGAGAGAUUGUUAUUACAGAUUCCUUCUACAAUCAGGUCUAUUCAUCAGGAUAAAAUCCUAGCACUUAGACAACAGACACAGUUCUUGUGGGAGGCUUAUUUUUCUUCAGUUGAGAAGAUUGUAUUAACUACACUAGAGAUUAUUCAGGACAGAAUAUUCAAGCACAUAUCACGAAACAGUUUAAUAUGGAACAAACAUCCUGGAGGAUUGUUCGUCCUACCACAGUAUUCCUCAUACCUGGGAGAUUUCCCUUACUUCUAUGCUAAUUUAGGUUUAAAGCCCCCCUCCAAAUUCACUGCAGUCAUCCAUGCUGUGACACCCCUGGUCUCUCAGUCCCAGCCAGUGUUGAAGCUUCUCGUGGCUGCCGCCAAGUCCCAGUACUGUGCCCAGAUCAUAGUUCUGUGGAAUUGUGACAAGCCCCUACCAGCCAAACACCGCUGGCCUGCCACUGCUGUACCAGUCAUCGUCAUUGAAGGAGAAAGCAAGGUUAUGAGCAGCCGGUUCCUGCCCUAUGACAACAUCAUCACAGACGCUGUACUCAGCCUUGACGAGGACACUGUGCUCUCGACGACCGAGGUGGAUUUUGCCUUCACCGUGUGGCAGAGCUUUCCCGAGAGGAUUGUGGGGUAUCCCGCACGCAGCCAUUUCUGGGAUAACUCUAAGGAGCGGUGGGGAUACACAUCCAAGUGGACGAAUGACUACUCCAUGGUGUUGACAGGAGCUGCUAUCUACCACAAAUAUUAUCACUACCUGUACACCCAUUACCUGCCAGCCAGCCUGAAGAACAUGGUAGACCAACUGGCCAAUUGUGAGGACAUUCUCAUGAAUUUCCUGGUGUCUGCUGUGACAAAAUUGCCUCCAAUCAAAGUGACCCAGAAGAAGCAGUAUAAGGAAACAAUGAUGGGACAGACUUCCCGGGCUUCCCGCUGGGCUGACCCUGACCACUUUGCCCAGCGACAGAGCUGCAUGAACACGUUUGCCAGCUGGUUUGGCUACAUGCCGCUGAUCCACUCUCAGAUGAGGCUAGACCCGGUCCUCUUUAAAGACCAGGUCUCCAUUCUGAGGAAGAAAUACAGAGACAUUGAACGGCUUUGAGGGAUCCCACUGCGUGGGGGAGGGGAAGAAGAUGGGACUGAGUCCAGCUGCUCUCUCUUCCCAGUGCAGUUCCGUUCAUCGAGGGAGCCAGACUGUGCCAAGUAUCAAAAAAAUUAAAAAACAAAAAACAAAACCUUAGAUGAACACAAUGACAAGAGUAACAAAGGCCAGUGAGAACUCAGCUGGAAUCCUGGCUCCUGAAACUGCACCAGACUGCUCCAUUCACCUCACUGGCUUCUGUGUCCCACGACUAGGUUGUGUACAGUUUAAUUAUGGAACAUUAAAUAAUUAUUUUUGAAAUGAUUGCUAUGCAGGUUUAAACUUUUUUAAUGAUCAAAACUAUUAAAAACCAGAGUUCUUUCUUUAAUCAAAAUUGUGUUGGUUGUGAAUGUUUCCAAGCUGCUGCUCCCUUCGCUCCGGACAUCCAUUGCCCCAGGUCCCCCAGCCUUUCAUGCAGUGACAGACACAGAUGUCAUGGGAGCACAAUCAGUUAUUGGUCAUAGUGUCAGCAGAGAACUGGGCAUACACUAAGA